GACAUUCUCAUUCCCCUCCUAAAACAAAACAAGACACCCCAAAAAUCCAGCCACACCAUUCAUUUUCUCUCCAACAGAUUGUCUCACCAAUGGUCUAACUGCUCCCCUGGCACUUUCCUCUCUCUCCUGUCUCCAGGUGUACAUCUGUGGUGGGUUUGAUGGUCAUCAGUGCCUGAGCUCAGCUGAAGUGUUUGACCCUGCCACAAACCAGUGGUCCCUGAUCGCCCCGAUGAGCAGCAGGAGGAGCGGGGCUGGGGUGAUGGCGUACGGGAACCACGUGUACGCGGUCGGAGGGUUUGAUGGAAACAGCUGUCUCCAGACCGUGGAAGCAUAUAACCCCAUUGCCAACGCCUGGCGCGCCGUGCCCUCCAUGCUAAACCCACGCAGCAACUUUGGCAUCGAGGUGAUGGACGGCCUGUUGUUCGUGGUUGGGGGCUUUAACGGGUUCAGCACCACCAUGGCUGCUGAGUGGUACGAGGAGGACACUAACAAGUGGUACAACACCCACAGCAUGGGCAUCACCCGCGGUGCCGUCAGCUGCUGCGUGGUGCCAGGGCUCUCCAAUGUCAUGGAGUACAUUGCCAGGCCACACUACUACCAGCACAACACCUCCAUGGACAUCUUGUUCAGCACUUCAACUCGGAGCUCACCGUUGUAAAUAGUUCCCCCUUAGCUAAGUUUUGUGAUCAGCCAUCACUGGCUGCUCCUGUAAACAGUCCUGCUGAGAUAAUAAAGUCUUCUGAGCAUCUCACCAUUGGAUGCCUGUGUAAAUAGUUCUCUUUAGCUAGUAAAGUCUCUAGAGCAGGAAGGGGAGCAUGUUCUUUUGUUCUAAAACAGAAACAAUUGCUACAGACCAAAAGAAUCAUUAGGAUUUAAAGCUUUCACUCUGUGGCACCACAGAACAUGUGUUAUCAGCCACAGCCUGUACAGCAACUUAAAAAAUCAAAAGUACAACGGGAUGCUAGAGAAAUAAAAGAUUUAUUUUCAUUAAUUCACCUCUUACAAAAAACUUUAGUACAGUGUAUUUAAGGCCAAGAACAUGACAGCAGGAUUUGUUUCAAAGGGCCUAUCACACACACUACUUUACCUCACAGGUAAGGACAGGAGUGCUGCUCCUCAGAAAUCUCUUGCCCCUCUGUUAAUGUCCCAGGAGAGCAGAGCUGCCGUGACCAACAGUGACAUGGACCCA